AUGUCGUUAAAUUCUAUUUUAUGUGGUUUCAAACAAAUACUUCCUACCAUAAUACCACCAGCAUAUGAACAAUUAAUUACUGGACAAGAUUUAACUAUUCGAUUUCUUUCUGCUGAAAAUUUACCAAAAAUGGAUCUCGUUGGUACAAGUGAUACAUAUUUUAUUGCAAAACUUGAUGAAGAAAUUUCAUAUACGCAAGUGUACAAAAAUUUUUAUAUUCUAAUUUAUUGUUCUAUUUUUAAUAGAUCAAUGGUUGUAAGUAAUACAUUAUCACCUGAAUGGAAUGAUGAAGAAUGGAUUGUUCGAAAUGUUCCAUUAAAUGCUAAACUUACUAUAAAUAUUUAUGAUAAAGAUGAUGAUUCACUUAGUGAUGAUCAUAUUGGUCAAGUUGAAAUUACUGAUUUACCAAAUUAUCAAGCACCAUCUGAAGGUCAUGAAAUUUUAGGUUUAUUAGAUAGAAAUAGAGGUCAAUUUCAUUUAACUAUUCAAUCAAUAGAAUCAUCUGAAUCCAGUAAAAAACUUCCACGUUAUACAUUCGAUGGUCCUUGUACUUAUAGUCGACAUAAUUCACCAACGGUUGGUUAUUUAACUAUGCUUAAUCAAGAUGCUAUUUAUUCAACAUGGAAAAUUCGUUUAAGACGAAUAUCUGUAUUUUUUCCUUUAUAUGAACGUCAACAAUGGAAUCGAAAAUAUCGUAUAGCACAAACAUUAUUUAGUGGUACUCCAAGAUCAAUAGCUAAACAACAUGUAUUUAAAUUAGCACAUAAAAUACUUUAUGGACGAACAAUAAAAAAUAAUGAAAGUGGACGAUUAAAUAAUGUUGAUGAUUUAUGGAAAUUAAUUUUUUUUGAUGAUAAAACACAAAAAAUACGUACAUGUAUUUAUACAUAUAUUAUUGAUGAUAAUACAUGGAGAUUUAGUGAAACAGGUAUUGGAUUUUUUACGGAUUAUGCAAGUAAACAUGCAUUACAUGCUAAUUGUUCAGAAUAUGUUCGUUAUGCUGGUCAAUUUCAUCCACGUCCAAAAUAUGGAUGGAAUCGUUGUGAUGAUGAAUGGGAAUUAGUAUUUGAUAAUUGGUCAGGAACAUAUGCACCACAUGCAAAUUUAUUAAAAAAUUUAAAAGAAUUAUUAGAAUUUAAUUUUCCUGGUUUAAAUAUAAUUGUAUAUGAUUUUAAAAAUCCUUUAUUACAAGAAAGUAUGGAUAAUUUAAAAUUAUUUGAAGAACAAACUAAAAGAGAUUCUAUAUGUGUUAGUAAUUUAGUAUUUAAACCAACUUUUAAUUCAAUAAAAUAA